AUGAUAAGAAAGCAGCAUAUAAUAACCCAUCCGGAGUGGUUGAAUCAAGCAGAUUUUACUUCGCUCAAUCUUCGCAAUCAAGCAAUGCAAUCACUUAUCGUUCUUCCAACAUUAUUGGCUGUAGCUCUGGGAAAAGCAGUAGGUCCAGAAAACAUUGUGACCGCCACCUCCGGCUAUGCGUAUGCUGUUGACCUAGCGGUCCCUGUGCCACUGAGUGCUUUCAACUGCAUGAAAAACUAUGGAUACAGCACUGUAUUUGUGAGAGGUUACGAUCCAGCUGGUGUUGGUAGAUUCGACACGAAUGCUGUCAAUAACAUUCGCAACGCUAACAAAGCUGGUCUCGGAAGUGAGGUGUUCAUGAAACCGCAGCCCCGUUCGGUCAAAAAGGGCAGCCAACAGUUCAUGGAGAUGUACGACGGACUAAGGCAAGGGGCGAUCAAAGUCAAAACUGUGUGGGUACAGGUAACCUCACCGAUCGAAUGGAGUCCAGACACGAAGGCUAACAUUAAUUUCCUUAAUGACCUCUUGUCAACGGCUAAGUCUUACGGUAUAGCGAUUGGCUUGUACACAAACGUUUACGAUUGGACCCAAAUCACAAACGGUGCCUCUGCCUCUGAGGGAACAAUGCUCUGGUAUUGGAAUGUUAACGGUAACGGACCAAAUGGUGAAACACCUGCGAAUUUCCACGAUUUCCGUCCAUUCGCAAAAUUCACAAAUCCCACAGUGAAACAGUUCGCACAAGUGGAAACCGUAUGUGGAGUUACGGUGAAUAGGGACGUGUACGUGCUGAAUAGAUCCGCGCGAACUCUCGCUUCAGGACCGGUUGACUUGAAAGGCGAAUUGGUUGUUGGCAGCCUUGGAGACGGUCUGUCUCCUGAGCUUGUACAAAUUGUAUGA